AUGGAUCUAUUAAAUAGUAUGAAAAAUUUAACAAUAAAGCAAUUGCAAAAUGAAGGUGAACAACAAUUGUUUAAGUCAAUAGCAGCAGACAUUGAUGAAAUUCCAACUGAAAUUGUUUUUGCGGAAUAUACUGACAAAAUUUUGCUUAUAGUGUCACAAUAUCAAAAGAUAGGAAGCAUGUUAAUGAUACAGAAAGAUCAAGUCCAUAGUCCGUUAGGUACUGAUGAUAUUUAUACAACAAAAGUUAUUUUUGGUGCCACAGGAGAAGAACAACAAGUAGCCGCGAGAUAUUUAGCGGAAGCAAUCAAAAUCAACAAACCUCUUUGUAUAUUCAUAAAUCUUAAAUCUUAUGACAUUGAAACUGUAAAGGCUUGCAAGGACAUAAUUUUGGAUCUCAAGCAAGAGAAGUAA